AUGAUCGAAGAAGCAAACAAAAACGCUUAUUAUGGUAUAAUAGAUCAAGGUGAUGAGUUUGUUGCAGAAGGAUUUAUCUGGGACAAGUAUAUACCUGGUGUGGCUAGACCUGAUGUGGCUCUUGUUACCAGAAUUUUGGGUGAAAAUGAAGAUUUCACUAGCAUGCCUCCAACAGUUAGAGGACGAGGCAAAGGUCCCAUGCAUGGGGGACCCUCAUCAGUUGGACCGUCGCACAGACGCACUCCAUCGGCGUCUUUUUCCACUUCUGACUCUCGCGAUAUGUGGGGUCAACCUUUCGAGCCGGCAAGACACUCGGUCUCGCUAAGCGCGUCACCUUCUUUCCACCCGUCCUUUGGACCACUUGUUCCUGAUGAACCUCAGCAUUCACAACACUCACAACAAUCUCACCACUCUCAUGAGUCUUACCCGUCGCAUCAUUCUUUGCAAUCUCAUUCAUUUCACCACUCUGACUCUCCCUACUCCCCGGGACAGUUCAACCCAGCUGACUACGUUAACGAUUUUCUUGGCUAUAACCCGUUGGGCCCUGAGGACCAUUUCUCUCAGGAAAUGGAGAUGGAUGAUGACCCCGACCCGGAAAUGCAAACAGGAACCCCGGGCCACCCUAUCAACAUAUCUAGUGGAUCUCCGUUUCUAGGAUCCCCAUACAGUGGGCCUGACUCCUUCCAGGAGAGAAUGGGUACCUAUGAUUGGUAUUUUACCCCUUCUUCCCAUAACUCUCCGGCCCAACCGCCUUUGGAAGAUCCUCAACUCCAAGAUGUCUCACCACCACCACUUCCGGUAGAAGAGCCACCACAGCAGCCACCUCCCGAGCCUCCGAGGCAAAGGAGGAAUGCACGUAUGUCUGUACGAGGAGGACCCCAUUUCAGUUCUCCUCGUGGUUUGAGUUCCUAUCCCCCUAUUCCGGAGGACCCCCAGUUGGGUGGACCCUCAAACGCGGCUCCGGAGGUUAAUCCUCCGCAAGCUUCUUAUGCACCACCUCAGCCGCCUACGGGAUUUGAUAAUCCCAUCCCAACAUACCCAGGUUCUACCGGGUACAAUCCUUAUGGAGAACUGUCAGGGUAUCCAUUUGGAUAUGGAACUCACGACCCAUAUCUUACGGCUGCACAGUAUCAUCACCUUUAUCCUUCUCCUUACCUUUCUAUGCCUCCAACUGAAUACCCGAUUCAGGGUUAUCAGUAUCCUCCGUAUCAGCCAACUCCUCCCCAGCAACUACAGCAACAGCAACAAACUCAGGAAAUCCUAGAGAGGUUGGAUAAGGUCGAGCAUAAGACCAAGAAGAACAAGGAAAGGCAUAACAGCUUUAUGAAAGGCCUCGCCAACCUUAUUAAGGGGAAAAAGAAGUAG